AUAUCUCUUUUCUGGACCCUUAACAGCCUCCGUCCCUCCUCAGCACCCCCUCUCCUGUCAUUUCUGUGGAAUGUGAGAAGUGCGCCAAGAUGGCGUUGUGUGGACCGUAACAUUUUGCGCCAUUGUCAGGCCCAUUGGGAACUGGCUCGGAAGUCCCUGCUGGGGAAGCUCUUCAUACUUCCUCACGGCUAUGAUGUUCCACCAGUCCUUUCUCUCCUUCAUGGCCUCUCCGAAUUCCUGAAGGGAUCUCAGCAGCUCUCCGUGAGCAUGAAGCCUCAGUCCAGGACGAUGUCUGGAGAACUUCCACCAAAUAUUAACAUCAAGGAACCUCGAUGGGAUCAAAGCACUUUUGUCGGACGAGCCAAUCAUUUCUUCACUGUAACGGAUCCCAGGAAUAUUCUCUUAACCAAUGAACAACUAGAGAAUGCAAGAAAAGUGGUGCAUGAUUACAGGCAAGGAGUCAUUCCUCCAGGUCUCACAGAAAAUGAAUUAUGGAGAGCAAAAUACAUCUAUGAUUCAGCUUUUCAUCCCGACACUGGUGAAAAGAUGAUUUUGAUAGGAAGAAUGUCAGCUCAGGUUCCAAUGAACAUGACCAUCACAGGUUGUAUGAUGACAUUUUAUAGGACCACGCCGGCGGUGCUCUUCUGGCAGUGGAUUAACCAGUCCUUCAACGCCGUGGUCAACUACACCAACAGAAGCGGAGACGCCCCCCUCACUGUGAAUGAAUUGGGAACAGCUUAUGUUUCUGCAACAACUGGAGCCGUCGCAACAGCUCUGGGACUCAACGCGUUAACCAAGCAUGUCUCCCCACUCAUCGGACGCUUCGUUCCCUUUGCUGCCGUAGCUGCUGCUAAUUGCAUUAAUAUCCCAUUAAUGAGGCAAAGGGAACUCAAAGUCGGCAUUCCCGUCACAGACGAGAAUGGGAACCGCUUGGGCGAGUCAGCCAAUGCUGCAAGACAAGCCAUCACACAGGUGGUCAUCUCCAGGAUUCUCAUGGCGGCCCCGGGCAUGGCCAUCCCUCCAUUUAUCAUGAACACUUUGGAGAAGAAAGCCUUCCUAAAGUACAUGCCUCCCUCCCCUCACACUACUCUGCGUGACGUGCCUUUGCUGCAGAGAAGUCUUCUCGGGGACCAGGAGGUUCCCAUGGAUGAGUGCACCUAUUCAAGUUGGAUUAGUUGGUUUUUGUUUGGUGUUCGCUACGCCGCUGUGUUGUGCUCUGUUUCCUCAGAAAAGUUCCAUGUCUGUGACAAGCUUGGAGGCUGAUCUGCAAGCCACGAUCCGAGAGACCUAUCCUGAAUUGCGGCGCGUGUACUUUAAUAAGGGACUGUAACAUCGGAGGAGACCCUACAGCUUGUCCUGCCCACUGCCAACCCGGUGCGGAAAAGCCUGUUGAGCUUGGCUUCUCCCAGUGACAGGAGACCUUUCAAGAUCCACAGUAGCCUUUUAGAGUCGAGCUGCUCCCUACAGCACAGCACCCGGUGUGGGCCAGGCGCCCGACACCCGUUGGCUCCCUUAUGUUUGAAUCACGGUGUAAUUUACAGAAGUACCCUCCCUGCAGCUUUUAUAGUCAUUGUUUUUCAAAGACAAUAUACCAGCCCUCAGCCAGAGUUUUAAAAAGCACUGCUAGGCAUAGAAUAGAUGUUCAGUGUAUACUCCAGAGAUAGUUCCUGAUGAUCACUGAGCAAGAAGGAAUCUGUUUGAAAUACUGAAUGUUUAUCAUGUCCCUGUUUCAAAUCACUCUGCAGUGAUUUGGGAAAACACAAAAGCUCUGAGGAUACACAGUAAAAAAGUGACUUGUAAACGUUAAGGGACAUUUGCUUCCGGUUUAGGCAGUGGGCAACCCCAAGUAAAUGAUGCGUCUUUUGGGAUUUGUAGGAUUAAAAGCUCCUGCAUGUACUUCCCGAAAGGCACGGGAAUAGACAAGUGCAAUGAGCUGCCCCUGCGUCCGCGGUUACAUGCAUUCCCAUCGCUCCCCAGCUUCCUUGCUUGACUUCUAAAUUUAUACUGCUUUACAUUCUUACGAAGUUCCUCUUACCUUGCACUUGCUGGCCUUAGAUUCAGUGAUUUACACCAAAUAAUCAGAUAACAGAGACGUUACCCGUGUCAGAUUUGGGAAGAAUAUUCAAUACCCGUGCUGUGUAACUAGGUCGAAUCUGGUUGGUUUGAUUUUUCAGAAGUGAGAGCCCCACUCCGGCUAGCCACAUAUCUUGUCAUUCUUCUAGAUCUCCUUGGCUUUCAGGAAGGUACGGAAAUACUGUGUAUGUGAAUCAGUGACUAAAUGAAUUGUACUUGAACAUUGUCUAUGACGUUUACCCUGUUGGAAAACAAUGAAUCCAUGGACCACUGUUUACAUCAUCUGUAGUAGCUGCACCUGUUUGUAACGUAACGGAUCAUGCUGUGCGUGUGUAGGUGCUCCAGGCAUAUGCUCGGUGUGGGCCUGUUGAGUGGAGACCACUCGGUUCACUUGUAAUGCAGAGACUUGUAAGUGGGGGAAAAUGGAGAAGCUAGUUUCGACAGAUUUUUCCUGACAAUGUGACCAGUCUGUAUUUCCUCAUAAAGAAAAAAUGGUGUGCCUUGUGUCCGUGUUUCUCUUUUCUCCUGAAAGGAUUAUGGAUCUGAGGCUUGGGGGCACUUGGAGCUGCCUUUGUGCUGCCAGCAUUUUCUCUCUGAGAUUUUCUUGUCUUUAACCAUUUGAGGCAAAUUACCCAUGACCUUCUGAGGUAUUUUGUUGCCAUAGAUGCUUCUCUUUAAAUAGCGGUAAGAGCCUGAACUUGAAGGCAGAUCUCCAUGAGGUGCUAAAAGGGUGGCUUUUAACCUAAGGACUCGAGGCCUAAACCACCUGCCCAGCUAAUCUCCAAAUUAUCACACACACACACACACACACACACACACACACACACACCCUGCCCCCAAGUCCCUUUCAGAAUCCUAACCUUCACUGAGGAAUUAAUGAGCCACUGGCUUGCAGCUUGAUGAACUAACUGGAGUUUUGCACACACCAGGAAGAUAGGGCCAAAGCACUACUGUGGAAGGGAUAAUGACCAUGGAGAUGUGUCUUUUUAAACACUUGCCAAAGGCUUCCAACUCCUGCUUUUAUAUAGAAAUAUUAACUGUAUCAUUUAAUCACGGUUUAUAAAAAGGAACAAAUGAACCAAGAUUGGCAAUUCUGCUGAUCUCUUAGAAAUAUCUUUUCUGGAGAAAAGUCCACAUGAAGUGCAAUGAUCUUAUAAGGGUAAAUAGUUCUUCAUAGUUGUAGUCAUGUGAUGAUUAUGAUUGUUCGUAUUACUGACUGGCAGAUUUUACUUCAGUAUUAGCACAGUGUCUUUGCCAGUGUUGGAGUCCAUGUGUUAUUUCAGUUCGACUGGAUGAAAUGUUAAAUAAACUCAGAAUGAAAAUAAA